AUGCCUGGAUUGGCUAUGGAUGCACCGAAUGGGUAUAGUGAAGUAGAUGAACCCAAUGGAGACUACGCACCUCGAAAGGAAAGCUACAGUCAGCAAGGCUCUCCAAGAAGUCCAUUGAGUCCUCAAAGUCCUCAAAGUCCUCAUAGUGGCUCCAUUGGUCUGGCUAUGGAUGGUGGGAUUGACACCUCUAUUGAGCAGUUGUAUCACAAUGUCUGUGAGAUGCAGAGCUCUGAUCAAUCUCCAUCCAGGGCUAGCUUUGGAUCAUUCGGUGCGGAGUCGAGGAUCGAUUCCGAAUUGAACCAUCUUGUUGGAUAUGUUCAUGAGCAUUUGGAGAUACGAAAAGAGGUUGUGAUAGAAACUAAAGAUGCGGGUACUGGUAGUGACUCAACACCUAAGAAAGCAAUUGUGUCUGCUGCUAAAAAGUCUCCAACAACAAGGGUAAAGACACCGUCUGCAAAAUCAAGUCCUAAGAGCAAAUCUCCACAUGAUAAGCCUCCGCUUGAUAAGAGGUAUGAGAAGAAUCCGAAACAAUCCAAUGCAGUAUUCUCAAAGCACAAGCAGAGAAGUUUUGCUUUACAUGGGGUAAGGUUUCAGAAUGGAGUCGAGGAUCCUCUUGAGGCGGGAAUGGAUAACCCUGACCUUGGCCCGUUCUUGCUUAAACAAGCAAGGGAUUUGAUUGGUUCUGGUGAAAAUCCCCAGAAAGCGCUUGAGUUUGCUCUCCGGGCAGUGAAAUCGUUUGAGAAGUGUACAAAGGAGAAACCCAGUUUAGAGUUGGUCAUGUGCUUGCAUGUUUUGGCAGCAAUCUAUUGCAGCUUAGGCCAGUAUAAUGAGGCAAUUCCAGUUCUUGAGCGUGCCAUUGAUAUUCCAGCUAUAGAGGAUGGCCAAGACCACGCACUAGCCAAGUUUGCAGGGUGCAUGCAAUUAGGUGAUAUUUAUGCAAUGACUGGUCAGAUUGAGAAUUCAAUACUGUUCUAUACAGCAGGUAUGGAAAUACAAAGGCAAGUCCUGGGAGAAACAGACCCUCGUCUUGGUGAGACAUGUCGGUAUGUAGCAGAGGCCCAUGUUCAAGCAUUGCAAUUCGAUGAGGCCGAGAAGCUCUGCCAGAUGGCUCUUGAAAUUCACAGGGAGAAUGGUUCCCCUGCUUCCCUUGAAGAAGCAGCAGAUAGAAGACUCAUGGGACUUAUUUGUGACUCAAAAGGAGACUAUGAAGCUGCUCUUGAGCAUUAUGUUUUAGCAGGCAUGUCCAUGUCUGCCAAUGACCAGGAAGUAGAUGCUGCUUCAAUUGAUUGCAGCAUUGGAGACGCUUACCUAUCCUUGGCUCGGUAUGAUGAGGCAGUGUUUUCUUACCAGAAAGCACUCACUGUGUUUAAGACAACCAGAGGAGAGAGUCAUCCAGCAGUAGCUUCUGUUUAUGUUCGUUUAGCUGAUCUGUACAACAAGAUAGGAAAGUUUAAGGAAUCAAAGUCGUACUGUGAAAAUGCACAUCGAAUUUAUGGGAAGCCCAAUCCUGGCACCCCCUCAGAAGAGAUUGCCAGUGGUCUUAUUGAUGUUUCUGCUAUCUAUCAAUCUAUGAAUGAUUUGGAGCAAGCCCUGAAGUUACUCAAGAAGGCUUUGAAGAUCUUUGGUGACGCCCCUGGCCACCAAAGCACAACUGCAGGAAUUGAGGCUCAGAUGGGGGUCAUGUACUAUAUGAUGGGAAAUUAUUCUGAUUCUUAUGACACAUUCAAGAGUUCCAUAUCAAAGUUUAGGGCCACUGGAGAGAAGAAAUCUGCCUUGUUUGGUAUUGCUCUCAACCAAAUGGGUCUAGUCUGUGUUCAGCGUUAUUCAAUAAAUGAGGCUGCAGACCUAUUUGAAGAAGCAAGGAAUAUCUUAGAAAAGGAGUAUGGGCCAUAUCACCCUGAUACAUUAGGGGUGUAUAGUAAUUUGGCUGGCACAUAUGAUGCAAUGGGAAGAUUGGAUGAUGCCAUUGAAAUUCUGGAAUAUGUUGUUGGCAUGAGAGAAGAGAAACUUGGAACAGCAAAUCCUGAUGUGGCCGAUGAGAAGCGGAGGUUGGCUGAGUUGUUGAAAGAAGCAGGCAGGGUUCGGAGCAGGAAACCCAGAUCAUUAGAGACUCUUCUUGACACUGCCAACUCCAGAAUCAUAGAAAAUGACAUCAUUGAGGUGGUCUUGGAGAUUUUAAAAGAAUAA